AGGUAGGCCCUGGGUUGUUGGGGGGGGGGGGGAUUUUAAUGCCGUAAUCCAUCCCUUGGAGACUUCUAACCUAACUGUGAAGAACUCUAGUAUGAAGGAUUUUGAGAGUUGAUUGCAUGACAUGGAGUUACUGGAUUAUCGAACUACAGAACCUUGGUAUAUCUGGACAAAUAAUCAGUCUGGUAAUCCAUUGGCUAGACGGUUGGAUAGAGGUGUAGUGAAUGUUGAAUGGCUGGAGGCUUUCAAGGAUUGUUCAAUGGAGGCAGUGUUGGCUCCAUUUACGGAUCAUUGUGGCAUCUUGGUUUCUACUGAUGUGGGUAUUAAAUCUAUGUCGAAGGCUUUUAAAUACUUUCAGUUUUGGGAGACUCAUCCAGAGUUUAUGAGUAUUGUAGAGCAGGCUUGGAAGAUUGAUGUGAAGGGAAUUCCUUGGUAUGUUAUUCAGUGUAAGCUCAAGUCUGUGAAGACAGCUUUGAAGAAACUUAAUCGAGAAGCUUUUAAUGAGAUUAGUGAACAAGUUAGAGUGGUGGAGCAACAAUUAAUGACACUCCAGGCUAACAUCCUGAACCAUCCUAAGAUUCUUGAAAGAAAAAGCUGAAGUUCAGAAGUGCUAUGAUGUUUUGAAAAGGCAAGAAGGGAGUUUUUCUGGCAAAAGUCUAGAGUCAACUGGUUGGGGAAAGGUGAUAAGUGUACUGGUUUCUUCCAUCAGGCGGUGAAAAUAAGGACUGCAAAGAAGGCAAUUAGGAGAUUGAUAAAUGAUGAGGGGAGGAGCUCACUGCUAUUGAUCAAAUUGUUGAGGAGCUGUCAAUUACUACAAGGGUUUGUUUGGUGUGGUUAACCCUGAUAUUCAAACUGAUGUUGACCUGCUUGGAGUGAUGAUUCAAAAGAGGGUCCCUGUUGAGGUUGCUGCACUUUUAUGUUUUCCAGUAACUACUGAUGAAAUCCGGGCAGUUAUGUUUGGUUUAAAUGACCAGAAGGCUCCUGGGCCAAAUGGAUUUUCAGCAGGAUUCUUUAAGCAUACAUGGCAUUUAAUUGGUGAGGAUGUCACUGCAGGUAUUUUGGACUUCUUUUUCUCAAGGUAGACUGCUUAGUGGUAUUAAUGCAACUGCAGUGUCUUUAUGCCCUAAAAUUCCUAGUGUUGAGCGAAUAAAAGACUUUCGUCCUAUAUCGUGUGUGAAUGUUUUAUAUAAGUGUGUCUCAAAAAUAUUAGCAAAUAGAUUGAAGCUAGUAAUGCCUCAUAUUAUUAGCUUGAAUCAUACGACAUUUAUCAAAGGCAGACGCAUUAUGGAUAACAUUCUACUUGCGCAAGAAUUGGUCAGUGGUUAUGGAAAUAAGAAGCUCUCUACUAGGUGUGCAGUGAAAGUUGACUUAAUGAAAGAAUUUGACUCGGUGCAUUGGGAUUAUCUGUUUAAGGUUAUGGGCAUUAUGGGUUUCCCUGAUCUGUACAUAAAGUGGAUUCGAAUUUGCCUAUCUACUGCUCAUUUUAGUAUCAAUUUGAAUGGUGCGUUGUGUGGGUUCUUUAAAGCACGUAAAGGAGUUCGGCAAGGGGAUCCCUUGUCCCCAUACUUGCUCUGUAUAUCUAUGGAGGGGUUAUCUGGGUUAUUAAAUCGAGCAGCAAUGCAAAAUCACUUGCCUUAUCAUCCUAUGCGUAAGAAGGUUGCUCUAAAUCAUUUGUGCUUUGCAGAUGAUUUACUUAUCUUCUCUACAGGCUCAAGGCAAUCUUUAUUGAAGAUCAAGGACUUAUUGAAUGAGUUCUAUCAAUUUUCUGGGCUGAAGUGCAAUCCAGAGAAGUGUGAGGUGUACUUUGGCGGUGAAUCUGUGCAAUAUAAGGCAGCUUCACUUGCUGUGUCUGGUUUCAAGGAGGGUUCUCUGCCUGUUAGGUAUCUUGGACUUCCCUUGCUUUCUGGUAAACUGAGGGAUUCAGACUGUGGGGUGUUGCUUGAAAAGCUAACCAAGAAAGUCAGAUCGUGGCGUGCAAAGAAGCUGACUUAUGCAGGCAGGAUACAGUUGGCCGCAUCUGUUUUAAUGGGGGUGAUUCAAUAUUGGCUUCAACUAUUCAUGUUCCCUAAAAAAUUUCUUCGAAAGCUACAUAAGGUCUGUUUGGAUUUCUUGUGGCAUGGAGAGGAAUCUGUAAGGGAAAAGGUGGCAUGGGAAAGAAUAUCUAGACCAAAGAAGGAAGGGGGACUGUGCGUACGGGACCUAUUUACAUGGAACAAAGCAUGCACUGCUAAGAUGCUCUGGCUCCUCAUGAGUAGCCCUAUGGGUGGCUUGGAUGCUGGCAUACAGGUGCAGGGGGGGACUUUUGGACUAUGGCGGUUACGGUAUCCAGUUCUUGGACUUGGUGUAGAAUUCUGAAGCUUCGACCACAGUUUCAGCCUUUAAUGGGAGUGCAUAACGGGUAGGGGACUUGGCAGGGAAGAAGGAUGGUGUUGUACUCAGUUCGAGAGGUCUGGAAAACCCUGAGGCCUGUUCACAAUCGAGUUAACUGGUCCAAACUUUUAUGGGGGAAGAACCACAUACCACGUUGGAGUUUUAUCUCAUGGAUUGUUAUGUAGGACGCAAUGGUUACGCAACAAAACUGUUGAAAUGGGGGCAUUUGCAGGAUGAUAGUUGUGUCUUGUGUGGCCUUGGAAGUGAGAGAAGAGAGCAUUUGUUCUUUGACUGCAGUUUUUCAAAGUGCUUGAUGCAAAUAGUGGGUUUGCAGGUGGGAAAUGGACCUUGGAUCUCACGAGUUGAUACAACUGUAGCUAUUACUGCUAAGAAAAAUUCGUGGGGGCGUAUGAUUGGUAUAAUUUGGUGCUCUGUGACUUCUUUUAUCUGGCAGGAAAGAUGCCACAAAUGCCAUAAUGAAUUGCCUCGUGAUGCUAAGGUUGUGGGUGAUUUAUGGUUGAGUGAAUUGCGGUAUGUUGUGGGAGCUUUCCCCUCGUUGAUAAGUGAUUAUAGUAGUAUUGGUUUAGAGGGUCUGUGAGAUAGAUUUGUGAAUUGUUUGAGUUGUUGAGAUAGGUUGUUGUAGUUUGUUGGCCAUUUUCGAGAUCACCACUUUGGGGAUUCUUAGCUUCGUUGUAUCAGGAGUGGUGUUUAUCACCAUGUCUUCUUUGGAGAGUUAAUAAAAGAGGAAAAUGAUUCAACGGGAAAAAAAUGAUAUAUUGCCAAGAUUCAGAGUGAGCAUUCUUAACAUGAGUCAAGGGCUCGAGGCAUAAAAGAAAAAUCAAAUGAGAAUUUUGUGCACUGCGGAAGUUAUACUUAAAAGUUGAGUAUUUAGAUGCCUCAUUGUUAAUUUAAGUAUUAAUAUUUUAAUGUGAAAGUAGAGAUAGACAAAACAGUGGGCAAUGAAGAGCAAACUGAUCUCAAAUGCUCAAUACAUGGGAGCUCACUUUGAAGACCAAAUAUUAAAGUAACUUUGUGCAUUCAUUUUGGAUCUUGUUCUCCCUAAAAUCCAUAGCAUAUUCAGAUGUGAAACAAAAGCCUUUAAUUAUGCUCCCAAAAGAAAUGUAGGAAAAGUCAAUUAGAUGUAAAAAGAGAUAAUACCACCAUCUAUAAUCUUAAACACUUGGGAGACAUGAUCAAGCUUGAAGAUGAGAGUCAAAGACAAUGUCAAAAAGAGGUUCAUCGUGAGAAAUCCAAUAAGAGAUGUACAUGAAAAAAGUCUUGUGUUUCCUAGUAAAUUAGAUAGCCAAAAGCAAGAGAAAUAGACAUCAAAUUUAUAACUUGUCAAUUUGAAGGUCUGCUACAUGAAACAAAAAAACAUUAAUUUAUAGUCUGUGUUCAUUGCCAUGAGUUAACCCUUAUCUAGGGAUGUCAAUCCAACCCGUAACCAUGGGUACCCUACCCAACCGUAACCGGUCAAUGAGGGUAAUUACCCGCUUUGACGGGUUAAGGGACGGGUACGAGUAAUACCCGGUUUCAAAAUAAAGGGUAGGGUACGGGUAUGCUAAUUGAUAGUACCCGCCCGCUAACCAAAGGGUCAAUUUCCCUUGAGAAAUUUAGUUUAGUUUGAGAAAUUGAGUUUAGAUACCAUUAUUGAUGAUGAAGAUGUAGACGAUUAUUUUGGUUGUGCGGAUUGUAGAAGAAAGAACAAUUAUUAUG